UCGCCAAGACCGGGCAUAAAUCUUACACCUAGUCAGUAGCAGGCGUAAAGUCAAAAUCUAGGCAAGUUUCUCUAGUAACCACUUGAUAACUCAGCAGUAAAGACAUGGCGCGCCUUAUACACAGACUUUACAAUGAGCGGGCUUUCAGAAGCAAUCCAUUGGACAUUUACAAUGAUGAGGAGCUGAUUCAGAGGUUUCGAUUCUGUCGGAGAGAGAUAUAUAUGAACUUGUUGAGGAGCUGUCACCCGACUUACAGUUUGUGUCGGAUCACAACGCAGCAUUGACACCCGCAUUACAGCUGUUAAUAGCGCUACGUUUUUUAUGCAAAUGGUGUGUUUCAAAACACUGUUGGAGACAUGAUUAAUGUCCACAAAUCCACCGCAUGUCGGGCCAUCCGCAGAGCGUCACUGGGACUGAGCCGUCGCCUUCAACGAUCUGCUCACCUCCCCACUGAGGCAGAGUCUGCGGUGAUGAAACACCGAUUCCUCCGGGCCUCUGGCAUUCCUGGUAUUGUGGGCUGCAUCGAUGGGACUCCGGAUCCAGGCACCAUCUGAGCAUGAGUAUCUGUAUGUCAACCGCAAGGGAUACCAUUCACUCAAUGUGCAGAUUGCUUGUGACACCAAUUACAACAUCUUUAAUUUGGUGGCAAGAUGGCCUGGAUCUACCCAUGAUGCACGCAUCCUCCGAGAAAGUGCGUUAUACCAGUAUUUCGAGGCUGGAAGAGUAAAUGGGCUGCUUCUCGGCGACAGUGGAUACCCACUGAAACACUGGCUGAUGACUCCAAUAAUUGCUUUGAGGACUGAGCAAGAACGACGGUAUAACACCAUCCACACCACCACUAGGUCCCUCGUUGAGCGGUGCAUCGGAGUCCUCAAGCGCAGGUUUCAUUGUCUUCAUGGAGAGAUGCGGAUGCACCCUGAGCGAGUCUGCACCGUAAUAGCAGCGUGCACUGUCCUGUGUCACCAAGAGGAUCCCUCUCCCUAGGCAACACCAUCAGCCGGUGCCGGAGGAAGGUGCUGACCCUGUGGACCAUGCAGGGCAUGAAGAUGUCGGUGGACGACUAGUCCGUACACGCAUUAUUAAUGCUUUAUAAAUGUUAUAAACUAUUGCUUCACUUAAAAUAAUUCUACUAAUUAUCUCCAGGUUGUAAACCAUAAAAAAUAAGCCACAAAGAAAGUCCAGUAGGUUUAUAAUAAACU